AUGGCGGUGAACCGGACCUCUGAGUGUCGACUGAACAAAGUCAAACCUAGUCCCAUGGCAAUGAUAUCGAUCCCGGUUGAGGCUCCUUGUGCGGCCGGUCGACUGGCUACUGGGGAUUCGCUGACCGCGUAUCAGCUGACCUUGACAACAUGCAACAAAGUAGUGAGGAAUGCUGCCCGGCUAAUGUGGUGA